AUGCUACGCGAAGCACACUCGUAGUCGUACGCUCGUAACGGAAGGACGUGCUUUUUUGUUGUUUGCGCCCCGGCACCGAGGGAUCGAAGCCCCGGCCGAAUUUGUUCCGUGUGCAUCGUACUGUGACAGUGGGGCAGUGUGCGUUUCUUCCUGCAUUCGCUGCAGCUUUAUUCAACAAGUGGUGGUUAAUAAACGAUUUUUGCUACUUCCCUGCUUCCACCAACCAUGCGGACAGUUUAGCAUAUUCCAAGUGUGCAGUGUGUGUGUGUGUGUGUGUGUGUUUUAAGUCGUGUGGCAGAUCAAAAGUGUGCAGUUUUUUUUUAAUGCCAGUGGUCAGUAUAGCGGUCGAACUUGAACAACAUUCCAGCAUUUUUUGCCCAAUUGACCUCGACUUUUGAAGAAGAGCCGCGUCCCCUUCACUAACCGAGCAGAAGGGUCGAGAAUUGAUUUGAUUGAGUGAUUUUAUUCGUAUCUACGUGUGUGUGUGUGGGUUUGUGUAAUUGUGUGUACUAACCUGCGUACGAACGAUGGCGGACGAAAGCCUGCACGUACCGGACACCAGCAUCGACUUCCACAUCGUCCAGCUGUUCGAGCGGCUCGAGGCGAUGCGCAAGGAGCCGGGCCAGAAGCUAUCCCGGUCGUUGCAGGGACGCAUCAACAUGCACACCGAGCUGCGCAGUCUGGAGCUAUGGAGAUCGAUUACGUGCGAAAGUUUGGCCUCCUUCUUCUACGUGUUUAUUGUGUGCGGUGCGGCAGCGGGCGCCGGUGUCGGCGCGAGCGUAUCCUCCGUCCUGCUGGCCACCGCCCUGUCGUCCGGCUUUUCCAUGAUUGCGCUAACGCAGUGUUUCCUGCACAUUUCGGGUGCCCACGUUAACCCGGCCGUGUCGAUCGGGAUGCUUGUCUCGCGCCAAAUUUCACCACUGCGUGCCCUGCUGUACAUUGUGGCGCAAAGUGGCGGUUCUAUUGCUGGUGCGGCCCUGCUGUAUGGUGUCACCGUGCCCGGUUAUCAGGGCAAUCUGCAGGCGGCCGUUUCCCACAGCUCAUCCCUCGCCGCCUGGGAGCGGUUCGGGGUCGAGUUCAUCCUGACGUUCAUCGUCGUGCUGGCGUACCUCAUCUCGACCAGCUCGUUCAAGAAGUACUUCGGCUCGUCCGCGAUCGCCAUCGGUGCGGCGUACAGUGCGUGCAGCUUCGUAUCGAUGCCCUAUCUGAACCCGGCCCGCUCGCUCGGUCCCUCGUUUGUGCUGAACAAAUGGGACAACCACUGGGUGUACUGGGUCGGACCGAUGGUUGGCGGUGCCGUGUCCGGUGUGCUGCACGAGUUCAUCUUUAGCGCGAAGCGCUCCUCCAAGCGCACCAAGGACGAUGUCGACUCGAGCCUAAACUCCGAGGACGACAUCAACUACGACAUGGACCUGGAGAAACCUCAGCAGCAGCCACCGCACCAGGGCAAGUACCAUCAGUACCGGCCACCGAGCGGCACUCUGACCGGUAGUCAGCAACGCUACUGUCAAAGCAUCUACACGGCCGAACCAACCUCCAAGGUGGAGCGCGUUGAACCGAUCUACGGUGGUACCAAGUCCAUGUACUGCAAGUCACCGCCGCUGACGCGUGCCAACCUGAACCGUUCGCAGUCCGUGUACGCCAAGAGCAACACCGCACUGAACCGUGACCUCCCGGUACGUUCCGGUCCGCUAGUGCCCGCCCAAAGCCUGUACCCGUUGCGCGUGUCAGCCGCACCGCAGACACACCUCCAGAACCAGAACGUACAGAACCAGCUGCAGCAGCGCUCCGACAGUAUCUACGGCAUUCGCAGCUCGAUGCGACAACCGGGCCCACCAAGCGACGGGCGCAUGGGCUCCCAGAUGCCACCGCAGAUGGCACCGCUCGGUGAUGGGCCACCGGGGCAGGGCUUCCAGCCAAUCUACGGCUCGCGCAACAAUCCCAACUGCUCGACCGAUGCGCUCAAGUUCGAUCGUCAAGAUCCCAACAGCCGUGACGAACCGCCCAGCUGCAAGUUCUCGCGCGGCAACGCCACCAACCGGCCGGAAUCGAUGUAUGGUGGGGCCGCCGGCCAGCGGCGCAUCCACUCGGCCCAAUCGGACGACAGCUCGUACGGCUCGUACCAUGGCCCCGGGCCAGCACUGACGCCACCGACGCGUAACGCUAGCAACAGCAGCAGCACCUACAACCCGGUCGUCGGUACCGUGCUGCCCAACUACGAACGGAAGACGUCCUCAUCGUCCUCCUCGAACCAGCAGCAGCAGCAGCAACAGCAACAGCAGCAAUCGCGCAACGGCCAGAAUGGUACGGCCAGCAUACAGAACACAAGCUUGCCGCCACCACCACCACCACUGCACCACACGAUGCCAUACGCGAUGCAUUCCGUGAGACAGAACUAGAUCCUCCCUAUAACCCCUCUCCAGAAGACACUAAGCUAGUUGCUCCAAACUGAUCGAGUACGAUCGGUCGCGGAGGUAGAAUGUAA